AUGUCGCAGAAUAAAGGUGUCAAAAGUGGCGCCUCUUCAAAAGGAAAGAAAUCUGGAAAGCCAGGAACGGAAGACAAGAGAGAAGAUGUUCUUCAAGCAGUGCUUAUAGCAGAUUCCUUCCAGACUAGAUUCCACCCUUUCUCAGUAGAGAAACCAAGAUGCCUCCUCCCCCUUGCGAACACACCUCUCAUCGAAUACUCCCUCGAAUUCCUCGCCAUGAACGGUGUUCAGGAGGUCUUCAUAUAUUGUGGCAACCACCACGAGCAGAUCGAGAGAUAUGUCAAUUCUUCCAGAUGGUGUCCUGGCUUAAGAUCAUGCCCGUUUACGACUCUCGAAUUCAUACGUGUUGCCGAUGCUAGAUCCAUAGGCGAUUUCCUUCGAGAUUUGGACAAGCGCAAUAUCAUCGGAGGCGACUUCGUAUUGGUACAUGGCGAUUUGGUUGCUAAUAUCUCCCUUGAGGGGGCUUUGGCAGCGCACAGAGUUCGUCGAGAAGCGAACCGAGACUCAUGUAUGACCAUGGUCCUCCGAGAAGGUGGUGAAGGACAGCACAACACUAAGACGAAAGGGAUAACACCGGCCUUCAUCAUCGAUCCGAAAGCUAAAAGAUGUCUACACUACGAGGAAAUACACCCAUUGCAAGCCGAUCAUUAUGUUACACUUGACCCAACCAUACUCGAGAACCGCGAAGCCGAAGCUCGGACCGAUUUAAUCGACGCUGAAAUUGAUAUAUGUACACCCGAUGUUCUCGCCUUAUGGUCCGAGAGCUUUGACUACGAGCUCCCACGCGCAAAUUUCUUGCAUGGCGUGCUGAAGGACUGGGAGUUGAACGGGAAAAUGAUUCACACCGAAAUCGUCAACGAGGGUUAUAGCGCACGCGUUAGGAAUCUCCAGAUGUACGACGCUAUCAGCCAGGACGUGCUGAAUGGCUGGACAUAUCCCUUCGUACCCGAGUGCAAUCUCUUACCAGGACAGACCUAUCAACUACGGGGUAUUAGUGUGUACAGGGAGGACGAUGUCGAGGUUGAAGAGAACAGCGAAGUUACCUAUGCGAUUCUCGGAAAAGACACCCACGUCGGAUCAGGUAGCACAAUAAGAAAUAGUGUCAUUGGCCGAAAUUGCAAAAUCGGUAGCAAUGUGCGGAUCGUUAACAGCUUCAUAUGGGAUGACGCUAUAAUUAACGACAGCGCUGUGGUGGAGCAUGCGAUUAUCGCGGAGAAGACAGUUGUGGGCAAAGAAGCCUACGUUCAUGAGGGUGCCCUUGUAUCGUUCGGGGUUCACUUGGGCGAUCUGACGGACGUCGAACCUGGUAGGAUGUUAUCUCUUUUCACAGGAUACGGAAAACCCGCAUCAUCGCAGCCCCAGAUUGUUGGCGCUGAAGGCAAGGGCACGCUCUUUCAGAGUCCCGAAGAUGACGAGGAGGAUCCUGAUGACCCGUCAAACCUGCAAAAGUCACUUAUAUACUCGCUUGAGGAUCUUGAUUUCUCAGACUCAUCCGUCUCAACGCUUGGAGAUGAUGAUGACUCGUCUGACGACGAAUCGGGACGAGCAUCGGCAACCCUUAGCCAGCCCACGUCGAGAUCACGACUUUCUUCGUUUGCCUCAGACGAUUCAGGUGGUCCCAACUUCUAUUCUUUCCAUUCCGACGCGGUUCAUGGUUUGUUAGAUGUUCUCCGUGGGACUUCGGGUAACUUCGAAUCCGAGAAGCUCGAGUUUACGUCGUUACGACUGGCUAAUAACGCAUCCGAUGCUGCGAUGAGGAAAGCUGUCGCGACCGCCUUCGUCCGACGCGCCGUCGAACUAACGAACGCAGAGAACGGUGCAUUGGAACCCCCGAAGGCCGCUAAGCAGGUACUCACAUCACGUGAAGGUGCGACAGAUUUCGUAUCGGAUGUUGGUGUUAGUGACCAUUCCGUGGCAGAACAGGUGGAGUUUGCGCUAGCAGUACAGAAGGCGUGCGCCAGCAGCGCGAAGAUAAUUGAAGUCGCUAAGGCCGGAAACCUUCUAGCUGCUAUGCUGCAGCAAAUGUACGACCUCGAUAUCUUGGAGGAAGACGGAAUCUUGGGUUGGUGGGAGGAUGACAGGAGUAAAGAGGAGGGUCUAAUAGCAGGUGUGCGGGAGAAGUGCCAGGCGCUCGUUGAGUGGCUAGAAAACGCCGAUGAAGAAAGCGAGGAGGAAGACGAUGACGAUGAGUGA